GGAAAUUAUUACCCUAGCUUUAUAGCUACGGCAGCCGUUGUCGGCGCUCUGUGGUCGAGGGCCCUCUACGGUGUGAAGUUUAGCUGCACAAACUGGAAUAUGGCGGCAUUAACGCCAUCGUUUUUCCUGUAAGGAUCAGAAAUGGAAAAAAUAUCUUGAAAGACUUUAAAGAAAACAGAUUUCCAUUUAGAUCCCUCAAGAAACCACACUUCAGGCUGCUUGACAUACCAGUCAAAGAGAUUUAGAGCCACCAAGAUGAAGACCAGGAAGAGAGGACGAUCCGAAGCAGAGUCACCUGACAAGCCCGUGGCCAAGAAGGCUGCUGUCAAGACCCCUGCUCCAAAGACCCCUGCCCCAGGAAAGACAAGGGCAUCCUCCAGGGCAGUGGUGGAGUCACCAGCUAUAAGGAAGUCUGCCAUCAAGAAACUUCCUGCCAAGACCACCCCAACCAAAGGGUUGAAGAACCCUGUGGUGAAGACGCCGGCUCCUAAAAAGGACAAGGUGUACAAAGAGAUGGACUUGCCGUUCACGAGGAGGCCUGGCCCAGCAUUGAUUGAUGAAAUAAACAAACUGAAGGUGCCUGUGCCUGCCACAAAGAAAACUAUGGCCAUUAAGUUCCCAAAGCCUAAAGGGAAGAGUUCUAGUGACGCACCUCCUGCACAAGCUGCUGAGAGGGGAGGAUCAGAGGAGCAAGAAAGUGAGACUACUGAGCCAGCAGUUGAAAAGGAAGAUGAACACAAUUACAGCAAAGAUCCUAAAGAUGAACUGAUGAAGUUGAACCUGCUCAUUUAUGCCUGCUCGGUGUGCAAGAAGUAUACCUUUGAUCCCCAGCAGUCGUCCAAUCAUGCACGGACGGCGCACAGUGGUAAAGUCGCUAUCAUGCUGAUGAUGCCGCUUCCGAAUGUUAAGUUACCCAAGCCUGCAUCCACUGAGGAGCAGCAAGUGCUAGUGGCACCUUCCGCGACCAAGGUGACGAGUCCGGCAGCAGAACGGAACAAGACGAUGUAUCAGUGUGAGAAGUGCGAUAGGCAUUUUGAUCGUGAACGGCAGAUGAAUAUGCACAGGUGUUUGGAGCCGAUCAGGAGGAAGUCAUCUCCUCGCAGGGGAGAGGAAGGCACAGCUCCAAAGUCUCCCGGUAGAGCAGGGGAAGUCGUACAGCCAAAGUCUCCUCGACGAGGAGGAGAAGAUAUAAGAAGAAUUCAGAGAUGCAGUCAUCACCAGCUAAGCUAAUCAUUGCUCAGGAAGAAGUGACCAGUAGUGAUGAGACAAAGAAAUGGGGCUGGAGAUGAGAGGACCUUGUGGCAAAAGCUCCUGUGGUAGAUGCCACCACCAAGCCACAGAAGACAGGAGACACACCUACGAAGGCAGGUAG